AUCAACCCAAGAGUAUCAUAUUAUUCAACUUCUAAGUUCUGACAUUUCAAUCAAAGUUCUAAAUUUGAUAAUACAAAAACAUCUGUAUAAAUCUUCAUUCUUAGUUGCAUCAAUAAUAUGACAAGCAUGAAAAGAAGCAGAGAAGAUUAUAUGCAAAUUGAAGCAGAGGCCAUGGCUAACUGUGCGUUAAUGCUUUUGUCUCGUUUCAACAACAAUAACAACAUUUCUUCAUCGUCAACAGAUUAUCAUCACAAUCAUUUUGAAUGCAAGACUUGCUAUAAACGGUUCCCAUCUUUUCAAGCACUAGGUGGCCACCGUGCAAGUCAUAAACGCCCAAAAUUAGCAGGAGAGUUUCUUGAGGAAGUCAAAAAGAACAAACUGCAUAAAUGUUCUAUUUGUGGUCUGGAGUUUUCUUUGGGCCAAGCUUUAGGCGGCCACAUGAGGCGUCAUCGUGAUGAAACUAAUAAAACGUCAGCUGAAAAGGCAAUGGUUCCGAUUUUGAAGAAAUCAAAUAGCAGCAAGAGAAUUUUUUGCUUGGACUUAAACUUAACCCCUCGUGAUGAUAAUGUUGAGGAUUUGAAGUUAUGGCCAACAGCACCAGUUGCAUCUCCUGUUUUGCGAUGCUUUUUUUAAGUCCCUUCCAGUGCUUUCCUUUUUAGAAUUAGGAAAUUUAAUUUGCUACCUAUUUGUUAAUUCUUUUAGGAUAUACUUCCUAAAUUUCCAUUGAUUCUUUUACCUAUGAUGAAUUAGGUCAUUAUAUUUCCUAUAUGACAUGAUUCGGUUUUGCCUUGAAUAGAACUGAUUAAAUCAGACAAUAUUGGAUAAGCACAUCUAAUCAUAAUAAUCGAUCAAUUAGCUUAUAUGGGCGGUAAAUGUCACAGGUUUUCUGGUCUAGUACCCCCUGCCUUCUUUUGUACUCCCUCCGUUUCACAUGUGGUCGGUUUUGUUUAAAUUAAUCAAUUAAUUUUUAUAUAUACAAAA